AUCCAAUAUCAUCUUCUCGUAUUGAUUACAUUUGGUCCUCAGUUGAUAUCAUCUCAAACUUUAUAGAUUGUGAAAUAGUUCAACUCGCAUCCACUUUAACUGAUCACUCUAUAGUCUUUCUUUAUGUCGAAAACUUCUUGGAUAUUAAAAAUAAUAAAAGAAAUAUUCCUUUAAAAAAGAUCUAUGACUAUGACAAAAUGACUAAGGAUAAAUGGUUGGCCUUCGCAAAUAAAACGGACGCUUUAAAUAAUG